CUGAUGGGUGAGUAUAGGUCAGCUGUUGUGGUGCAGAUUCAUCACCAAAACAAAGGCAUAGGGCAGUAGGAAAGUAGUCGACUGAGGAUUGAGGAAAGGAACCGGCGUUUGCAGCCACAAAUUAAUUUCGGUAUUAUGGCAGACAGAGAUGAAUUGUUAUCUCAGUUUACGGAUGUGACGGGUACAGAUGCCGAUAGAGCAAAAUUCUACCUUGAAUCAUCGGCUUGGCAGCUGGAAGUUGCAUUGGCUAGUUUUUAUGAAAAUGAUGCUGAAGAUAAUCCAGUUGAGGAAGAGCAGGAAGAACCACAAGCUGUUGAAGAACUUCCUGAACGACCACCUGAGCCAGAUCCAAAACCUAAAUCUCGAGGUGCAUUUUCUUCAAGGUUUGGGACUGUGGCUGGUCUGAAUAGAAAUGAUGGGAGCUCAGAUGAGGAAGAAGGUCAGGCAUUCUAUGCUGGAGGUUCAGAAUACAGUGGACAGCAGGUCAUUGGACCAGGGAAGAAGAAAAAAGACAUAGUAUCCGAGAUGUUCAAAUCUGUGCAGGAGCAAGGAGCUGAGGUGGUUGAUCCUCAAAAUUCCAGCCAAGCCAAACACAACAGUUUUAGUGGUACUGGAUAUCGAUUGGGGCAGUCUAGUAAUGAUAGUGAAGUUAUUGGGCCACCUUCAAGUUCAAGGCAUGAUUCUCACACAGAAGUGAUUCUGAAGCUUUGGAAGGAAGGUUUUAGCAUCAAUGAUGGAGUAGUGAGAGAAUAUGCAGAUCCAGCUAACAGAGAGUUUUUAGAGUCAGUCCGCAGAGGGGAGGUUCCUGUGGAACUAGUCAGAGAAGCAAGGGGCAGUGAAGUGCAUCUCAAUAUGGAAGACCAUAGGCAUGAAGAAUAUUUUCCUAGUAAACCUAAAGUAAAGGCAUUCUCAGGAAAAGGACAUGUGCUUGGAAGCCCAUCUCCUGCUACCAUUGGCAUUACCAUGCCAUUGGAUGAAAAAGACAGAACUGCAAAUGAGGAUCAAGCAAAGAAUUCUGUAUCAGUGGACAGUUCACGUCCUGUUACGACUGUUCAGAUACGACUGGCAGAUGGUUCUCGGCUAGUUGGACAGUUUAACCAUUCACACACAAUUGCAGAUAUUCGUAGAUUUAUCAUCCUGUAUCCUUUACAAGAGUUUUCUGUGAAUAGGGCUAUAAUAUUGUGGAGAGUCAGGCAAGUAGAAAUUUUAUACUGGUGUUUAAAAUAACUGCAUGUUAAAAGAAUUCAACAAAAACUGUUGAGUCACAUGGUCAAUCACAUGCCAUUUCACCAAUGCUCCAGUUGCUGCAUAAGA